AUGAAUAUGUUGGAUGAUGAAGAUGACCAAAGCUUUCACGCUACGCGUGACGGCUACUCCCAUUUGAGCGAUGUCGAAUGGGAUGCGGUUGAACGAAUGGGUUCGACCAUGGGCAUCCAUGCUGUUAGCGUCAUGCUAGAGGCUCUCAAUAGAGAUGCCCAACAUGCUACUAUCGCCAAGUUCAUUCAAAAUGAACUUGACGCUGAACGCGAGAAAGUAGCCUUGCUUCACCAACAAGGUUCUCAACAAGCAGAGUUGUUGAGAGAACAGGGUGCUCAACAGUUUGAACUGUUGAGACAGCAGCAGGCUGCUGCUGGUGGGUCGAUGCACUCGCGUCGGCCCGAGACUUUGAAGAUUGACAUCUCCAAGUAUAGGGGGGUUGUAACGGGGUGA